UGGGGUUUGGGGAGGAUCUGGCUUUCCUUAGGUUGAGGGGCCAUGGGAAGGCGUGCGGCCAUGGGAAGGGUACAGCGUGCGUAGGUCAGGGGGGCAGUGAUCACCUUGUGACCCUUGGCUGAGUGCUGAAAUGGCUAACGCUCAAUCCCUCGUGUCUGACUCGCGACGAAAGCUAGACAAGGUUCACCUCGGUGUUGCAAACGGGCUGGAACUCUCACAUUGGCGGCGAACCAAGUCCAUGCCGUUGUGUUUGGGGGGUCCGCUGGUGGGUGAGGGGGCGUCCAUGGGCGGGACUUCCGGUCAGAUCCCCGCCGUGGGCGGGACUUCUUGUUUUUUCCUAGAGUAGGGGCCUCGCUGGUCCACGGGCGUGGUUCAGCCCCGGGCCGCCGCCUUCGGUGGUAGGAUCCCCCUGGGACGCCCCGCUCUAGCGUCCCGUGCUGCAGCCGUUUCCUUCCCUAUCUCCCGUCACACCUGUCCUGGGAGGUCUGCACUUUCCCGCCGGAUAGCUCCCCCUUGCUGGUCUGCCCCUGCCUCUCACCUCAUAGGAGACCACAGGCCUAGGAGGUCCGAGUAAGUCGCCCUCCAUUGAGCCGCCUUCAGAAGCCACUCAGCCUGUUUUCACACUGCUGCUGCUAGGAGCUGGGCCCUGCUAUCAUUUGCUCUCUCCUCAGAGAAGUGAGGACUCAGGCUAAUAGUAUACAGGUCGUGCCAUCUUUUGGACCAGUCACUUUUCUCACCCUGAGCCUUAGCCUUAUGUUUCCAGCCUCCUUUCUCAGCUAGGAAGGGUGUGAAAUGUGAGUAGGAGUCGCUGCGUGGCUCCUAAAGCUUUGGGUGGGACUUUGAAGUCCAAAGACAGCGCUAUCAAAGCACCACAGCUCGUUUCUGCGUCUGUGGCAGGUGUCUGCAGUUUUCUUCUCAGUGGAAAGUUGGGAUGGGAAGUCUAGUGUCUUGAAGCAGGCAGGGUAGAGCUCAGGAUUGGCAAAGGGCUCUGGACAGACUGUCCUUGUCAGUGGCCAGUUCAGCUGGUGGGACAGUCAAGUUCUGGUCUUCCUGAGUUUGGAGCUUAAGUCCCGAAAGUGCAGUGACCACCGCUCUUCGUGCCGUAGGAAGUGAGAGGUUGCUUAGGAAUGGUUAUCGCAUUCUGGUCCAGCGUUUGAGCAGUUCCCACCUUGGGGAGGCGGGUGGAGUCUUGAGUGUGCGCGACAGCUUGCAAGCUGCAACCGGAUUCCAGAUUCUGCUUCUCUUUACUGUGGUCCUGAUGUGCUUGAAUCCCUCCGGGGGUGAGGUGCGCAUUGCCUGUCAAGCAGGGGCUUCGGCUGGCACACCCCCUGGUGUGUGGAAAGAGGCACCGUGGUCCAUGGUCCCACUACAGGAGCCAGGAGAUAGGCAGCGGUGCAGCUGUCAGCGGGGGCUGGGGACCUGAAAAGCCCUGAGCAGCUUGCUCCCUCCUUCCCCCACAUUCAGCCAGAGCUCAGCCCUGUCCUAAGAGAGUGGCCCUGGAAGCCCAGCAGGGAGGCUGGGGUGACCCAGGAGGGACUGUCUCCCUCCCCAGCCUGAGUGUAAGGUUGGCAGAGUGACCUGAGGCUAGUGAGCUGAGUGUGCAGUCCACCUGGUCCUGGAAACUCUGGAGGGCAGAGUUCCACAGCAGUGGAGGAGGACCUGCUGGACCAAAGGAAGGAUGGAGGCCUGGCAGUGGCCAGGGUGCUUUGCUGCAGAAACCGUGCAAGUCACCUGUGGUUUUCUUGGAGCCCGGUCCUUGUGACCGAGGCGAGGCUGACCGCAAAGCCAGGACAGUUUUGCUUCAGCCUCUGAAUGCUGUGGUUUCAGGUGUAUGCCCCCCAAGCCUGGCUCACAUGUGUGUUAACACCCUACACGCCAAGGACAAGGUGCACAUGAAACCCGUGGCGCGGAUGGCGUCUGGGCGGCCAGAGGAACUGUGGGAGGCCGUUGUGGGGGCCGCCGAGCGCUUCCGGGCCCGCACUGGCACAGAGCUGGUGUUGCUGACUGCUGCGCCACCACCGCCACCCCGCCCAGGGCCCUGUGCCUAUGCCGCCCAUGGCCGCGGGGCCCUGGCAGAGGCUGCACGCCGCUGCCUCCACGACAUCGCACAGGCACACAGGGCUGCCACCGCCACCCGACCUGGUCCCCCACCAGCACCACAGCCGCCCAGCCCUGCUCCUAGCCCUCCGCCUCGGCCAGCCCUGGCUAGGGAGGAUGAUGAGGAAGAAGAUGAGGACGAGCCCACGGAGACAGAGACUUCUGGGGAGCGGCUGGGCGGUAGCGAUAAUGGAGGGCUCUUCAUGAUGGAUGAGGACGCCACUCUCCAAGACCUGCCCCCCUUCUGCGAGUCAGACCCGGAGAGCACAGAUGACGGCAGCCUGAGUGAGGAGACCCCCGCCGGUCCCCCAGCCUGCCCCAAGCCCCCGGCCGCAGCCCUGCCCACCCAACAGUAUGCCAAGUCCCUGCCUGUGUCGGUGCCAGUGUGGGCCUUCAAGGAGAAGAGGACAGAGGCGCGAUCUUCAGAUGAGGAAAACGGCCCGCCCUCCUCGCCCGACCUGGACCGGAUCGCCGCUAGUAUGCGGGCACUGGUGCUGCGGGAGGCCGAAGACACCCAGGUCUUCGGGGACCUGCCGCGGCCGCGGCUCAACACCAGCGACUUCCAGAAGCUGAAGCGGAAAUACUGAGCGGGCAGAAGGCCACUGUCGCCGUUGGUCUAUGAGCCAUAAGCCUUCUCUGCCCAGCAACAGGACGAUUCUUUACGGGAUUGGCUCGCUCCGGUUUGGAGCGGGGCUAGUUCUAAAACGCUCAGUGGGUCAACUCCGUCUCUUGCCUAGCAACAGAAGCUUUACCCGCGCAUCCUUGGCUCGCUGCCCAAGCGCAGAGCCCAUCUGCGGGACCAGGCGACAGCUCCGCCAAUGUCCGGAGAGUCGCCCGCCGCCCUUCUUGAAUCCCCCACCCGAUUGGCCCUGGCCGCCUGGGGGCGUGGCCAAGCCCUCCCGAACCCAGAAUUGACCCGAGGCCUUGAGUUUGUUACACUACUAGGGCUGUUUGUUGUUGUUGUUGUUGCUGUUGUUUUGUUUGUUUUGACCCGAAUCGUGACACUUGUAUCCGGUACCCCACGGGAUGGUCCGGUCCCGCUUUUUGUCUGACGCCCCCAUAAUUUUCACCCCAUGACAGCCUGUCCAUCAAAGUCUGUCCUAUACCCAGGGCGGUACCAGCUUCCUGUGACCCGUCCCCCCAACCCCCGACCCCAACAGGUGCCUUAAAGGGCCCUCUUCCACCCAAGGUAGGGGGCCUCACUCUCCGGCCCUGGCCCUGGGUGCGGGAGAGUGGGGUGGGGGCCGGGGGUCGGGAGGGGCGCUCUGAAAUUAAAGUUUUACCUCUGGCUA